CUCCCGCAAGAAACCGACAGGAAUUACGUUCUCCAAAAUUAUUUGAAGACUCGUGAUCAAAUGUCAUCGGUGACAGACGCCAGCCUUCCGACCGUUGAAACGUAUGUUGAAUCUGUUUUGGAUCGCGAGAGUCCCGAAACGAGACGGACUUUGAUAAAGGAGGAACUCUGGACUUCUCCUUUUAAAGUGAGAUCUACCGAAGAUACGAAUUCUAGACCGGUGUUACGUCCCGACUCAUCACCGAAUCCGUUCGCACCUCCGAAGUCUACAGGUCUUCGAUCGUCGCUGAAUCCUUUAGUAGCCGAGUUUGAGACAAGUCCCUACAGAGUUCCGCGCACGCGUGUUGACGCUAAAAUCCCUGUAAGCGAUACAGCCAAGACCGGAAUCACAGCAGACAAUCCAAGAGCCAGUCUUCCCCUGAACAGUUCGUCCGUCGAAGAUUCACUGCAUCGUUUAGCCGAUGUGCUUUGUCAGCGACGUCUUCAAGACAUGCUUCCUCUCCCAGAACCAGAGAUCUUCGGCGGCCAUUUACUGACUAUCCCCUGUGGUUGAAGUCUUUCGAAACCAUCAUAGAAGGCCAGACAGACAAGGUUUCCCAAAGACUGUACUACCUCGGGAAGUAUACAAGAGGCGAACCACGAGAGGCGAUCAGCGGCCUCCUGUUACUGGAAACUGCCGACGCAUACCGACGAGCAAAGAAGAUCUUAGCAGAGAGAUUCGGCAACCCAUUUCUGGUGGCAGACGCCUACAGAAAGAAAAUUAACGAAUGGCCAAAAAUCCCUCCAAAUGACGGAACAAGCCUACGCAGAUUUUCGGACUUCCUCGUCCACUGCCAAACGGCGACAAAGACCAUCAAAUACCUAAAGGUGCUUGACGACCCGGAUGAAAACCAGAAGAUGCUCCAAAAGCUUCCGCGCUACUUGAUAGAUCGAUGGAGUCGCGAAGUUGAUCGCUGGCUCAACAAAGAAGGAGAAGAGCAGAAUCGUGGCGAAGAAAGCGUACCCGAUGGGGAUGGAACAGCCUACCCCCCUUUCAAAGCCUUCUGCAGGUUCCUCGAAAGAGAAGCAAGAAUUGCGUGCAAUCCGGUAACGACAAGGCCUCAUAAGGAAGAAGCCUCAAGACAAGACGCAGAGAGAGCAUGGAAGUCGAAUAGUUACAGAAAGAAAUCGGCCAAGGUUAGCACUUUCGCUACUGGUUCUGGUGAAGUGAAAACCAGCGCUUCCGACAGUUAG